AUGUACAAAAACAUAACAACGCAGUUGCAGUGUAAACAGCCUCAUGCAACAGUGCACAAUUUGCAAUAUCAGCAGCAAAAGCAACAGCAACAGCAGUUGCAACAACAACAAUAUUUAAGUCAUUUCGUUACCACUCACAAUACCAGUAAAACCAGCAGCAGCUAUAAUAACAGCAACAAUAACGUUCUUCAUACUUCGUAUUCAAAUUAUAACAAUAAAAUUCAUUUAAACAACAACAAUAACAACAAUGGCCAUGGUGUAAACACCAUCCGUGUCAAUGGUCCAAAUGGUCAUCAUGACACCUUGGAUAGUAGCGAGGAUGAUGAAAGUAACCAAAAUUUUGAUGAUUAUGAUGAUGACGUUGAUUAUGAUCCUGAUGAUGAUAAUCUAAGCAUUCAAAAUACAUUGAGUUCAUCUACAAAAUUUCCACCCAUCUUAAUUCUGCGACCGAAACCCGAGUCUCCUCUUAAGGAACCCGAAAGAGAAUCGGAUUGCUUAGCUGAUCAAGAUGCUGCAUUGGAAGAACAGAGGAAUGGAGGGACUAUACUUUAUGUACCUGAGUGCACACCAGAUGGCCGUUACCAACGUGUUCAAUGCUAUCGCUCUACGCCAUAUUGUUGGUGUGUACACGAAGAUACUGGGAAAAAUAUUCCUGGUACUUCUAUAAAACACAUGCGUCCUCAAUGUGAUUUAAUAUAUACAGUGUCGAGACCUAUGAAAGGAUGCCCUGAGCCCAAAAAAACUAUGUUUUUGAAAGAUCUUAAAGAAUUUCUCAAAUCUCAAAUCAUACAUGAACCAAAAACAAGUGGGACUAGUGCUAAAGUUGAUUCAAGCUCGCUGGGGUAUAUAUCACAAGGCGGUCUCGCACUUUCAGAUAUUGCACAUCGUCAAUGUUCUCCAGCUCAAAUUGGAUGUUCUGUACAACAUUCGACCUUAAGCUAA